AUGGAAUUUAAAUCAUUCUUGUUUGAUUAUAACAAUAAUAAAGAUUUUUUUGAUCAAAUAAUGGCCGAAAAAAGCAAUAAUAAUAUCAAUAACAAUAGGGAUAUAAAUAAAAAUAAUGGGAUCAAUAAUAAUUUUAUAAAAAGAAAUCAAAUAUAUAAUAAUAAUGACUUUCAAGAUAACUUUUUAUAUAGUCAUUUUCAAAAUAACCUUGGUUUAAAUGACGACAACGAAGAUGCGGAUACAAGCACAUCAAAUAGCGAUAGUAACUACAGCAGAAGCAGCUACUCCUCAAGCAAUAGCGAUACAGAGGAUGACCAUUCAAAUAGCGAUAAAAACGAAGACUCCUCCUUUUCAUUAACAAAUAACUGGCUUUUUAAUAAAUUUUUUAAAUCAAAUAACAAUAACAAUAACAAUAAUAAUAGCGAUAAUGAUAGUAGUAGUAGCGAAGAGGAUGAUAGCGAUAGUAACUAUAUAAACUACGAUAUAACCACAUUUUUAAAUAAUAAUAUAGAUAAUAAUAAUAAUCCAUUAGAGUUUUUAAAUAGUAUUAAAAAAGACUAUAAUAAUAACAACAAUAAUGGUUCAUUAACAAAAGGUGAAAUGUUUUCAAAAAUUUCAGAAUCACCAUUUAAUUUAUUACUCAGAGAUAAUUUAGAGUUGGAAAGACAAGUAUCUUCAUCAAUACCAAUACCUACAAAUAAAUCAAACAACAAUAAUAAUAAUAAAUCACCUGUCUAUUCAAGCCCGCUCUCCUCUUCAUUUACCUCCUCGCCACCAUUUAAACAAAGUUUAAAAUUAGAUGAUGAUGAAAAUAUCAACAAUAAUAUUUUAAUAGACGAGUCAAAUAAUGAAUUGGUUAUAAAAUGUGUGGAAUGCUCAAAUACCCCAUCUUUAGUCGAUGACAUUAUAUUUUUAGAUUGUUCUCAUUUUUAUUGCAGAAAAUGUUUAUAUGGUUUUAUAAUGAAUAGGAUAAAAGAAAAAAAAGUAUCAAAAAUUAAAUGUAAAUCUUGCAAAAUACCCUUAUCAGUUCAUGACAUUAAACAAGUUUUAAAUGAAGAAGAAUGCUCAAUUUAUGAUAAAGCAUCAUUGGAUCAAGUCUUAUCAAAAAAUAAAGGAAACUAUAUUCAAUGCCCAUGUUGUAAUUUAUUUAUUGAAAAAGUAAUUAUACCAGCACCCUCACCAAAAACAACCAGUUUCUCUUCCAGCUAUAAUGGUGGUAAUAGCAGCAAUAAAAAUAAAUCAAAAGAUAGUACCUGCAGUAGUUUACCAAACUUUUCAAGCAAUAACCAUCACCACCACCACCAAAAAGUUGAAUAUGAUGAUAAUGGUAGACCUCUCAGUAAAGAAAGUAUGGAACAUAAAAGAAAGUAUAGACUCAGAUGCCCUCAAUGUUCAACAGUUUUUUGUAGUGAAUGUUUUGUUACCCCUUAUCAUUUGGGUUAUACCUGUGCACAAUAUCAAAUAUACAACUCUUCCAAGCACUGCAGAUUCUGUAAAAUAGCAAUAUUCCCAAUUUUACCAAACUCAAAGAUAUUACUAAACAACAAUGGAAAUACAACCACAACUACAACACCAAAUUUAGAAACAAAUGUUUUAGAUAUCUGCUCAAACAAUGAAUGUAGAUUAAAAUCAUUAAAAUCCUGUGACAAAGUUUUAAAAUGUGGUCAUCAAUGUUUAGGUUUAAAAAAUGAAGAAAAUUGUUUACCAUGUAUUGAAUCGGAUUGUAAUUAUAAUAAAAUAAAUAAUAAUAAUAAUGUAAAUAAUAAUAUAAAUAGUGACGUUACAAUUUUAAAAACGGAUCAAAAAUCAAAUGACUAUUGUAACAUUUGCUGGACGGAUGAUUUAUCAAGUGACCCAUGUAUACAAUUAGACUGUGGUCACAUUUUUCAUUAUAAAUGCUGUAAAAAUGUUUUAAAAAAAAGGUGGUCAAGUCCCAGAAUUAGUUUUGGUUUUACAAAAUGCGCACUUUGUUCACAAACUAUGGACCAUCCAUCUUUAAAGAAGUAUUUGGAUCCAAUUAACGAACUUUACAAUACAAUCAAAACAAAAGCACUCACUAGAUUAGAAAUCAAUGGUCCUGAACAAGAUGUAAAUUUCAACGAUACAACAUCAAAAUGGUAUAAUAAUAAAGAAGGAUAUGUCAUGGAAAGAUUUUCUUAUUUUAUGUGUUUUAAAUGCAAGAAACCAUAUUUUGGUGGUGAAAAAGCAUGUGGAGAUAACAGACAGGACUUCAAACCAGAGGAACUAAUAUGUGGAGGUUGUAGUGCGAAUGGAAAUGAAAUUUGUAAAAUUCAUGGAAAGGAGUUCAUUGAAUAUAAAUGUAAAUAUUGUUGUAACAUCUCAAUUUUCUUUUGUUGGGGUAAAACUCAUUUUUGUGCAGAUUGCCACAAGAAAGUUAAUGAAGUAACAAAAACACCAAAACAUUUGUUGCCCCAAUGCAAAUGUGAUGUUGAAGUUAAACAUCAAGUAGGAGAAGAAUUUUGUUUUGGGUGCACACUUUGUAUAAUUUCCGAUAAUUAA